UUUGUUGCAGGCUUAUGGAUGUCGUCUUCGAAAGACAGGGAGGUGGUGGCCGCAGAUGUGCCGAUAUUCAGGGUGCUCAUUCUUCCCUGACAAAACAUUCUGGUGAUCAGUUCCCUGGAUGGAGUCCAGCACUGCCAUAAUAAUCUCAGUGCAGGUGCGAGUGUGUCGGCAGCAGCCGUGAUCGGGCCGGCGCUCGGCGGCUGUGAACCGCUCGGCCCGGCCGCCGCCUAUGGAGCCGGCCGGCGGCGCGGCGGCGGCCGCAGCGCGCGCUAACGGCUGCGGGCCCGGCGCCCGCGGCGGCCGCUCACCCACACCGUCGCCAGAGGGCGUGCGCCUGCUCGUGCUGCACGACUACGAGGGUCGCAGCGAGGAUGAACUCAGCCUCCGCAGGGGUCUCAGUGUCGAGCUGCUCUCCACCGAUUCGAAAAUCUCUGGAGACCCCGACUGGUGGAUCGGAAAGCUGGAGGGCAGGGUGGGCGUGUUCCCGGCUCACUAUGUGGCUCCCGUGGACGACGCGCUGCAGCCACACAGCACCUAUCCGCCAGUCAUCGAGUUCGCAGACAUCCAGCUGGACGAAAUCAUCGGCGUCGGGGGCUUCGGCAAGGUGUACCGGGGCGUGCUGCACGAUGAGAUGGUAGCCGUGAAGGCGGUCACGAGGACCUCCGAGGACGACUGGUCCACCACCAUUGAACAGGUGCGUCAGGAGGGCCGUCUGUUCUGGCUGCUGGACCACCCCAACAUCGUCUCGCUGCGCGGCCUGGUACUCACCCCGCCCAACCUGUGCUUGGUGAUGGAGUACGCACAGGGCGGGUCGCUCAGCCGCGUCCUCUCACAGCAUAAGGUACUGCCACACGUUCUGGUCAACUGGGCCAUGCAGAUCGCCACCGGGAUGAACUACCUGCAUCACGAGGGGCCCAUAUCACUCAUCCACCGCGACCUGAAGUCCUCCAACGUGCUCAUCUCUGAGCGCCUCGACUCACCGGAGGAUUUUCGCCGCGUCACUCUGAAAAUCACCGACUUCGGACUGGCGCGGGAGAUCAACCGCACGACCCGCAUGACGCAGGCGGGCACCUACGCCUGGAUGGCGCCCGAGGCCAUCGAGUUCAGCACCUUCUCCAAGGCCGGAGACGUGUGGAGCUUCGGCGUGGUGCUGUGGGAGCUGCUGACCGGCGAGACGCCCUACCGCGGCAUUGACGCGCUGGCCGUGGCGUACGGCGUGGCCUCACACAAGCUGAGCCUACCGGUGCCGUCCACCUGUCCGGCCGGCUGGCGGGAACUGAUGCUCUCGUGCUGGAGCCUGGACCAGCACCUGCGUCCGACGUUCGAGCAGCUGCUGGUCAAGCUGCAGGACAUCUCCCGGUCGGCGUUCAUGUCCUUCCCGCGGGAGAGCUUCUACAACAUGCAGGAGAACUGGAAGACCGAGAUCGACGAGGUCCUCCGCGACAUCCGACAUCGGGAAAAGGAGCUGCGCAGUCGGGAGGUGGACCUGAGGCGGCGGGAACAGGAGGUGGCUGAACGGGAGCUGGAUGUACUCACCCGAGAGAUCCAGGUCAUCGUCCAGCAGCAACAGCAGCAGCAGACGGCGCCGACGCCCAAACGGACCAAGAUGUUUGGGAAGAGGGCGAAGCUGAAAGGCCGUCACCAGAUCAGCAAUCCGUCUGACUUCCGACACAACUUUACGGUACAAAACACGGGCGCGCUGUCGGAGCGGCUGGCCGGCGGCAGCGCGUGGCACCCGACCAGCCCGGAGAGUCCGCCGGCGUCACCGUCACCCGCCCUGCGAGCCAUUGCACUGCCGGCGGACGGCGUCAAGGGCAAGACGUGGGGCCCGAGCUCAGCGCACCAGAUGAACCGGCGACCUCGGCCGCGGCCUCAGCUACUGGAGCCGGGCAGUCCCAGUACUGCCGAUAGCUCGCGCCGCGCCGACCGCAACGCUCUGCCGUCCGACUCAGACGACUCCAGCGACGACAGCGUCAUUCUGCGACAUCCUCCCCCCAGGACGCACUAGCCCGUCCUGUUCCCUCCCCUCGCCGCGUCCCGGUGCCGGGCUGUCCCCCGGACUUCCCCAGAUUUAUCCGUAUUUAUGCCUCCCCUCCGACCCUCGCGUCCCUCUCGUCGCUCCCGUCCCGUCGCGGCUUCUGGUCGCCGCGCGCCGCGCGCUCGGCCACGGUGGCGGAUUCGGGCGCCUGCCCCAGUCUUCCGGUCUUCUUCCGUGUCGCAGUGGUGUCAGAGGCCUCGGGAGCCUGCCGCGCGUGUCACGUCGACCGCAGUGCGGCUGUGGUCAGUGGAACGGAACCGACGGAACCGCGGUGGCGCCUCUGAGACGAGGCACCCGCGCGACUCAGGAUGGGCGCACUUCCUGGACGGACCGGCGGUUUCUGGCCUAUCAGACUUCCCGGCGGUGGCUGUCGACUCUGUGAGGCGCCGGG